UCCAUGGAUUACCUCUCUGCCCUGAACCCCAGCAGCCUGCUCAGGUCGGUGUCCAAUGUGAGCUCUGAGGUUGGCCGUAGGGUCUGGGCCUCAGCUCCGCAGCCCCGACCUUUCCGAGUCUGUGACCACAAGCGGACCAACCGCAAAGGCCUAACAGCUGCCACCUACCAGGAACUGCUAGACAAGGCAUCAGAGAUUCUGGCCUUGAGCGGAGUGCCAGUCCUGGUGCUGGAGGAGGACGGGACCACUGUGGAAAGUGAGGACUUCUUUCAGCUGCUGGAGGAUGACACAUGCCUGAUGGCGCUCGAGGCUGGACAGAGCUGGAGCUCCCCCAGGAGUGGGAUGCUGUCAUAUGGCCUAGGCCGGGAGAAACCCAAGCACAGCAGGGACAUCGCCCGCAUCACCUUCGAUGUAUAUAAGCAAAGCCCUCGAGACCUGUUUGGCAGCCUCAAUGUUAAAGCCACCUUCUACGGGCUCUACUCCAUGAGUUGUGACUUUCAAGGACUCAGCCUGAAAAAAGUACUCAGGGAGCUCCUUCGUUGGACCUCUGCCCUGCUGCAAGGCCUGGGCAACAUGCUGCUGGGGGUCUCCUCCAGCAUCCGCCACAUAGUAGAGGGAGUUGAGCAAUGGCAGUGGCAACGACAGCACCAUCUCCAUCAUUACUGA